AUGCAUGCAAGCUCGGAAACAACGGAAUCCAGCAGGGAUGUUGUCGGACUCGGCACGGAGAAUGAAGCCGAGGGCGUUACGGUGAGGAUGAAAAGCGGCAGCAAGAUAAAGCAGGUGUGUGCGCUGAGCUAUUUGGAAACAUGUGCGGAAUGCAAGCAGAAUUUCCACAAGCGGGAGCCCAUGCUGUUGCCGUGUCUCCACUCGUUAUGCAAGAGCUGUGUCCCGCUGCCCUGGCGCACACUGUCCGUCCCCCAGCAAUCACAAUCAGGAGCGACGCCCGCCGACCGAGGCUCGAAGUCACUGAAUGUGAUCCGUUGUCCAGUGUGCAAGCAAGAGUGCAUGGAUGUGGACGUGAUGGACAACUUCUUCCUGAGGGAUGCAGUAGAGUUGCCCAGUUCCACAGUGGAGAAACCCGCUCAGGUGUGCAUGAGUUGUGAGGACAACAGCGUGGUCUCCGGUUUCUGUGAGGAGUGUGUGGAGUUCCUGUGUGUCACCUGCAUUGAUGCCCACCAGAGGGUCAAGUUCACCAAGGACCACCACAUUAGGCAGCAGGAGCAGCUCUCAAGUAAGGCUUCCUAAAUCCUGAGGAUCUCCACUCCAAAGCCGGUCUUCUGUGAUGUCCACAAACAGGAGACCCUGAAAUUGUUUUGCGAGACGUGUGAUCGCCCCACAUGCAGAGACUGCCAGCUCCAGAAACACAAAGACCACAACUAUCAGUUUUUAGAAGAUGCCUACAGGAGUCACAAGCAGAACAUGGAGCAGAUGAUUCUUCAGCUUCAGGACAAAAGAAGAAACGUCGCGGAUGUUUCAGACUUAAUAAAUAACGGGCUUGCGCAGGCUGAGGAGAACUACACAGCGGUUCACAACGAAAUCAAAAGUGCGAUGACAAAUUUGAUUGCAGAGAUUAACAGGAAGGGAACAAUGUUGUUAAACCAGUUGGAGUCUCUUACCAAAGAUCACCGCAGCAGUCUGAGGAAACAGCAGCAGGACAUCAGUUCUCUCUCCAGGCAUCUAAAUCAUGUGAUCACCUUCACUAAGUGGGCCAUGGGACACAGCGGGGGCACCGCUCUACUGCACUGCAAACGCCUGAUUCUCUUCCAGAUCAGGAAUCUGCUGAGGACUAAAUGCAGUACGGCCUUCGUGCCGCAGAACAUCGUCCACUUCCAGUGCCAGUCAGCCUACUGGGCGUCCAGUGUUGAACUCGGGUCUUUGAUGGUGGAGCGCGUCCCCAGUCCUCAGCUGAACAGCUUCCAGGGCCUGUACCCCGGCAACCACCCCGGUAACCACCCUGGUAACCACCCCGGGCAGCCCUACCCCCCAGGCCACCUCGCGGGCAGCCCCCACCACCAUCCUCCCCCCCCAGGAGCAGGAGCAGCAGCAGCAGCAGUGCCCCCGCACAGCACCCUGGCCCAGCUCCAUAUGCAGGUGGAGAGACUGGCACAGCAGCAGCCUCCUCCUCCUCCUCUGGCUCCUCCUCCUCCCCACUGGCCCUGGUGCCAGAGUGUUCCUCUCCCCCGGCCCCCCACCAUGCGCCUCCCCCAGAGGGCCCCCGAGCCUCAGGCCCUCCACCCUCCUCCCGGCAUGAGAGCUCUAGGCCUGAUGGGGCCCAGUGGUCCGUCCAGACACAUGGAGGUGGUGCAGAGCAAUAUGGGGCCGGGUGGCGGUCCGCAAAGACACAUGGACGCCGUGCAGAGCCGGAUGCUGCUCUACUCCCACAAUGCACCACUGCCCAGCGGCGACACACUCAGCUCUCCCUUCUCAACACACCUACAGAGGAAUGACCUGGCAUUCACAUCACUAGCAAGGGGGCCCAGCUUUACACAAGCAACUUUCAAUUCAGGAAGUCUUGGUCCAGGCAUCCAGAACCUUGGCUCACACCCUGAUACAGAGACCAAGAUGCUUAUCAGGACGCAGGAGUUUUGCCCGCCUCCUAAGCGCCGGAGGCACGCGUCUCCAGGCCCGGUCAUCGUCAUUAAGGAUGAGCCUGACGAGAGGGACAUCAAUUAUGGUGCGAUGAGACCCAGCCUUCCAGACAGCACAGAGGACCAAGGCUGGCAGCGGUGUACUACAGAGGACCAAAACCAGCAGCAGCAGCAGCAGCAGCAGCAGCGUACUACAGAGGAGGCUGCUGCCAAACACAGCGCUCAGCACAGCACCGGGGUCCAAACUGUAGUCUCCCAGCACCCAACACAGGACAGUGCAGCAGACCCCCACCAGAGGACUAAAGAGGAGACCUCACAGAUGACACACGAGAGGACGACUGCUCAGCCCACGGACCUGGUUCAGGUGUCUGAAAAGCAGACCUCCAGUUCACAACAGGCUGCUGAGGAACUGUCCUCCACACCUCUGGGUGGCGCAGUUGAGCAAAGCCAGGAGCAGGCUACAGAGGGUAACGCUGGGCAUACUUCUUCUCCUGGUGGUUGCCCCGACCCCACACAAGAGCCAGAGGCCUGGCCUAAGAUUGUGCCCAAAGACCCCAGUGGAAGCAGCGGGGACCCAGAGCCACCGCAGGGCCCUAUGGGGGGGCAUGAGGUGGAGCAGCGAGGAGCCAUGGUGGAGGAGGAGGAGGUCGGUGGAGAGCGGUGCGGAGUGGUGGGGGAGGAUGGUGGUGGAUUGGAGCAGGGAGGAGCCGCAGUGGAGGAGGAUGGUGGUGGUGGUGGAAAGAGGUGUCGAGUGUGCCAGGCUGGUGGAGAGCUGCAGUGUUGUGACAAGUGCUCCAACAUGUAUCACCACUCCUGUCACAUCCCCCCUCUCCUCAAGACACCAUGUGGUCAGUGGUUUUGCUCACUUUGUCGAGACCUCUGCAAACCAGAGAUGGAAUACGAGAGUGAAAUUCUCACGCCGAUCACCAUGAGGAAGGAGACAUCUGCUAUGAUGAAACCUGUGGACAAAAGGAAAUGUGAGCGGCUGCUGCUGCAGAUGUAUUGUAGUGAAUUGAGGACACACCUCUGGAAGUCCCCAAACUCCGUUAGUGGUCUCAGGCAGUGUGAUGCAACUGAAAAUCCAAUGCAGUUUGCAGAAGUGAAAAACAAGCUUCAGACGGACAUGUGUCCAUACAACAGCCCGUUGGAGUUUAUUUCUGAUGUGAGAGAUGUCUUCAAGGAUCGCUUGAACGCUUGUGAGGCGGACUCCGAUGCUGAGGCAGCAGUGAUGAACUCGGAUGCUAAGGCAGCAGUGAUGAAGCUAGAGGAAUUCUUUGAGGCGCAGCUGACAAACUUGUUUCCCGAAGACACAUCAAAUAUGAGCUCAGGCCAGUAG